AUGGCCCAACUCGAACCAUACAAAGGAACCUACUACCUCUGGCAAUACGUGCCCUCACUCCCAGCAGCAGUCAUCUUCGCGCUCCUCUUCCUGCUCCCGACUCUCUUCCACAUCUGGAAAAUAUGCAAGACGCGAGCACGCUUCUGCAUCCCCUUCGCCAUAGGCGGAGUGUUCGAAUUCCAAGGCUACAUAAUCCGCGCCAUCGCCCACACCCACACCUCCCACCUCAUCCCCUACAUCCUCCAAAACAUCCUCAUCCUGCUCGCGCCCGUCCUCUUCGCCGCCUCCAUCUACAUGGCGCUGGGCCGCAUCAUCCGCAGCGUCCCGGGCGGGGCGCAACACGCGCUUAUCCGGCCCGGUUGGCAGACGAAGGUGUUCGUGGUGGGGGACAUUGUGUCGUUUCUCGUGCAGGGGUCCGCGGCGGGGAUGAUGGGGAGGGGGGAGAAGGCUGGGAUGGCGAAUGAUGUUGUUAUUGGGGGGUUGGUGGUGCAGGUUGGUUUGCUGGUGCUUUUUAUGGUGACGGCUGUGGUUUUUGAGGGGAGGGUGGGGAGGGCGGGAAUUCUGGAUGGGGGUGAUGGUGGUGUGGGGGAGUGGAAGAGGCAUUUGAGGGUGCUUUAUGGGGUGAGUGCGCUUGUGUUGGUUAGGUCUGUGAUUCGGGUGGUUGAGUAUGCGAUGGGGCAGGGGGGUUAUCUACUUGCGAAUGAGUGGUGUGUGUAUGUUUUUGAUGGGGUGUUGAUGCUGGCUGUUAUGGUUGUUUGGGGCGUGUGGCAUCCGGGGUCGAUUACUAUGAAUACAUCACAUUCUUCCUGA